UGCAACGCUACAGCAGGCUGUGUGUUCAUUCCGGUGUUGUUGGCUGAAGCAGAACGGACGUCGCGUCUCUCUCUCUCUCCCUCUCCCUCUCUCCCUCUCUCUCUCUCUCUCUCCCUCUCUCUCUCUCUCUCUCGCGCUCUCUCCCUCUCUCUCCCUCCUAGUGACGCCUGCCUGCUGGUUUAUGACCUGCAUUCAUCUGUCUGUAGCCGUGACGCUGGUGUGGGAAGCCGCACUCAUAAACCGGGAAGGGGGAAAAGGAGGAUGCACACUCCAGCACUCGUCCACAUGGACUAACACACAAGCCUGAACCACAGGGCACUGGAGAUGAGAGCUCACACACACAUUCUCUUGUGAAUGGAGCAGGGUGAGGAGGAGUGAGAAUGCGUUUUCUGGCCUCCCGGGUCCACUACAAGACCCUGAUCGUGAUCUGCGCCCUGCUCACUCUCGUCACCGUGGUGCUGUGGAACAGGUGCACCAAUGAGAAGGUGUUGCAUUCCUUGCCCCGGCCCCCUUUAGCCCCGCCCAGUCCCGGGGUGGCCGGACUUCAACAGCAGGCCCAGCCCCCUGAGGCUCCGCCAGUGGUAGGAGGCGGAGUCCGAUACGAGGAGAUCGACUGCCUCAUCAACGAUGAGGUCACUAUUAAAGGGAGGCGCGAGGGCACCGAGGUCUACAUGCCCUUCAGCUGGAUGGAGAAAUACUUCGAGGUGUACGGCAAAGUGGUCCAGUAUGACGGCUAUGACCGCUUCGAGUUCUCGCACAGCUAUUCCAAAGUGUACGCCCAGAGGGAGGCUUACCGUCCCAGCGGAGUCUUCAUGUCCUUCGAAGGGUACAAUGUGGAAGUCCGUGACAGAGUGAAGUGCAUCAGUGGCGUGGAAGGAGUGCCUCUCUCAACACAAUGGGGACCUCAGGGUUAUUUCUAUGCCAUUCAGAUAGCGCAGUAUGGUCUGAGUCACUUCAGUAAGAACCUGACGGAGCGAGCACCCCACGUGGAGGUGUAUGACACGGCUGAGGAGCACAACAGCAAGCCCAACGCAUGGAGCGUCCCCAAGGGCUGCACUCUCACCACAAGCUACGACAAGACCCGUGCCUCCACCGUCCGCCUGUUUAACGCUCCAGAGAACUCUGAGGGCAUCUCUCUGUCUCUUGGCAACACAAAGGAUUUCAUCAUCUCUUUUGACCUGAAAUUCGCCUCCAAUGGCAGCGUGUCUGUCGUACUGGAAACGACAGAGAAGGGGCCUCCGUUUGUGAUCCACUACAUCACUACCAGUCAGCUCAUUGCCUUUAAAGACCGCACCAUCACCUAUGGCAUCGGGCCUCGUUCAGCCUGGACCACAGUGACUCGGGACCUCCUCACCGAUCUGCGCAAAGGCAUUGGCCUAUCCAACACCAAGGCCGUCAAAGCAACCAAGACCAUGCCGCGGCGCGUGGUCAAAAUGGUUUUGCAUGGUCGAGGUGCCAUCGACAACGUGUCUAUCUCCACUACGGCCCACAUGGCUGCCUUCUUCGCUGCCAGUGAUUGGCUGGUGAAGAACCAAGAUGAACGCGGCGGCUGGCCUAUUAUGGUCACCCGCAAGCUGGGUGAAGGCUUUCGACCCUUAGAGCCUGGCUGGUACUCAGCAAUGGCACAAGGCCAGGCCAUGUCUACCCUGGUAAGGGCGUAUCUACUCACCAAGGAUGAGACAUACCUGAAAGCAGCUCUGCGUGCCACAGGUCCUUAUAAGGUGCCAUCCGAGAAACAUGGUGUCAAAGCCGUCUUCAUGAACAAGUAUGAUUGGUACGAAGAGUAUCCAACCACACCAAGUUCAUUUGUCCUCAACGGCUUUAUCUACUCUCUAAUCGGGCUCUAUGACCUGGCACAGACAGCAAGUGAAAGGGACGGACGUGAAGCAGCAAGACUAUAUGCCAAGGGCAUGGAAUCGCUUAAGGCCAUGGUGCCACUUUAUGACACUGGUUCGGGCACCAUUUAUGAUCUACGCCAUUUCAUGCUAGGCACAGCACCCAACCUGGCACGAUGGGACUACCACACUACGCACAUCAAUCAGUUGCAGCUCUUGGCUUCCAUCGAUGAUUCACCGAUCUUCAGGGACGUCGCCAAGCGCUGGAAAAGCUACAUGAAAGGAGGACGAGCUAAGCACAACUAGAGCUGCAGGCAAUGGAGGACAAAUACCCGCCGUCACUUGGCAUACAACACCUCACUCCCUGAGGGGAAGCUGUGUUAGCCCAUGGAGUAAGAACUGAGGGUAAAGCCCAGAGUGGUCUAGCUGAAUCCUGCUGCAGUUUCCAGCCAUUAGCCAUGGCUAACCUCUCGGGUUUUUUUGGGGGCUUGAAACUAAUCUGUGCUGGAGGCUCUAAUUAAGUACAAAUGCAAUGUUUAUGGCAAAAGCGUGUAUGGUUGAAUUGGGGUGGGGAUUUGCUUGACUUAAAUCUGCCGUUGAGGUAUCCAGCACGAUUAGAUAUGCUCGCACACACGUGGACGUGGGGAUAUCACGGUGAUUAUCACAACUUUCUUCCAAAAUUCACUCGAUACUUGUCUAGACGUCAAUCUUAAUAAUAAUAAUAAUAAUAAUAAUAAUAAUAAUUGGGGAAAAUACAACCUCCAUGCCUCAUCAGGCAUCCUCACUAUAAGUAAUUAAAGUCUUUUUGGUCGAAAGGAAAGAUAACCUGGGAAAUGCUUCCAACAGUUUGUCGUCUCUGCGAUAUGAGCUAAGCUCUGACAAGAGACAUAGUUCUUAGCUCAGUAACAGACCUCCUCAGGCCCCACAGUUAAAUUAGUGUCCUUCCAACCCUACCAGAGUGUUCCACUACUCUUGGGGUGUUUGGUAAAGAUGGGGAAAACCUUGUCACUACAUUUACGUUCUCAAAAAAUUUGGGUUUGGGCUGAAUGCUUCUGAAAUGUUGGUGUAUUUGGAAUGGCAGAGCUUAUUCAAGUAAUAUAAAGAUACUCAAGGAUUGAUCCUAGAGCCAGGCCAAGUGAGUCUCAUGGGUUCUUAGUCUCAUGCAACCUGUUGAGAAUUAUUAUACUAUUUAGGCUGACAAGGCACCAGUAAUAUGAUAAAGUAUUGAUUUGUCUGAACAAAGACACUCAACAGUUGAAUUUCCGAAAUAAUGCAGUCUGCGAUAUGCUAUAUGGCCAAAUGUAUGUGGACACCUGAACUAUCACACUCGUAUGUGCCUACUGAACAUCCUACUAUAUUUUGGAGCGUGGCGGUGGGGAUUUGUGAGCUCAGGCACUGAGAUUCUGGCUGAGAAGGUCUGGGGUGCAGGGUAACAAUUCAUCCCAAAGGUGUUCGGUGGAGUUGAGGUCAGAGCUCCAUGCAGGACACUUGAGUUCUUUGUGCUCAGGGGAACAGGUUCUGGCCUCUUCAUUCCAGUCAAGAGAAAUAGUAAUUAUACAAUAAUGUGCUUCAGAAUUUGUGGUAGCAGUUCAGGGAAGACUCACCUAUGGGUGUCAUGGUCAGAUGUUCAUGAACCUUUGGCCAUAUAGUGUAUAUUUGUCUAAUGAGAACUUUGCCAAAUACAAAAAGUUAGGGACAAUGUGAUGGGAUUUGAUUCAAUUUCAUACGAAUACUUUAAUAAGACAUUGUCUGAUCGUUAACACUAGAAUAUUUUUAUAUCAGUUGUGUGCAUCAGGAAGAGGAGAGUUCAUGUUUAUUUCCUUGUAGGCUACAUUGACCGCUACGUCUGGCAGCGAAACGGAAGUGUCCGAAUUUCGGAGAUUACUUUCUGUGUCAUCCAAAUACAAGAAAUCUUUUGUAUUUGGUAUAAAGUAUAAAUCAUAGGUAAGAAGUUAGAAUGGAUUAUGAAGUGCACAACAAUCAAACCUGCCUUUUUCGGAAGCUUGCCAAAAGGCAGACAGGAACCAAUAUGAAGCCUUAAUGGAGAACAUGUAUUAGGCCAGAGAAAUAGUUAAUGCUGGCCUUCUAACAAAAACGACAUAAAAUGAUUUUUAGAAAUUGUAAACAAGUCCAUAUAUGUUUCUUAGUACUAGCCAGGCAUAAUCUUCUGAAUGUUGAACUUGAUUGAGUCUUAAAUCCACGACAGUUUUGGUUGAUUGUGAACCGCAUGUAGCAGCAACGUGAGCCAAUGAAUUUCCCAGCGCUCCUCCGGGGCAGGGGGGGACUGAGAACAGUUUACUGUCGACUCCGCAGUUCUGCAGAAACAUUUCAGUAGCAUGAUCGACCAUUUGCUGUCAUUCCCCAGCAUCCUAACCAAACGCUAAAAGCUGUAGGACAAAACGUCUUCAUAAAAACCGAUCCAAAUCCCAACAGUCUGAACACUCGCAUCCUAGGAGUGACCGCAUCAUUAUGUUCCUUUUGUGUAAACUGGGCAUUUCACAUGUGUCUGUGGUCUUGAAACAAUUUCAACUAUUUAUUUAGUUUCUGCUCAGCCCUCUCAUAACACUAGGUUUGAAUUGGACGUGUAAUGCCAAAUUGUAUGGAUUAUUGAUUGCAGCAUUGUAAUCUUGACCCAUUUCCCUUUUUAUUUUUAUUUUUUUGCCCACUUUCUUUAAACCAUUAGCUUGUCUCAAAGACAUGAGCCGAAUGAAUACCCUCGGGAAUACAGAUUGGCAAGAACAUCUGGCUUGACUCCAUACUUCAUGUAUAUGUGAAGUAUGUUGUGUGUACAUCACACCGCAGGCUGCACUGAAUCGGUUCAUUGGAGCAGAGGAGAAUUCUCAUAAGCUAUACUAUUCCAGUUUUGGUAACUUUACUUAAAGGCAGUGAAUAUAGGGCUGAUCGACACCUACAUAAAGCCUUCAUAAACCUACUUAAAGAUCUAACAAACAGGUGGAGUGUCACGUAGCACAUUUUUGUUGAGUUCAAGUUACAUCUUCAUAAGCACUGACGUUGACUUUGCAGCUCAGAGUACAAUUCUACAUUUUUAUUAGAUUUUUAUUCAUCCUUCUGGGAAUGCCAUAGCACUGACAUGACUCUUCUUUUUUUUUUUUAAUUAUUAUUAUUUUAUUUUAAGUUUUUUUCACAAUUUAUGAGAUUGCUAUAAAUCUUGCAACACCAUAAUUGACAGUUAUGUAUAAUUACCCUGACUUCACUACAGCGUUUUAUAACACUGACAUAGCAGAAGUACUCUGGGCUACAAGGUACGAAUGAAUGAUGAAUAAAAGUCAUCUUCAGAACAACUCCAUGUCCGUAAAAGUCGAACGAAUCGCCAUGUCGUCUUGACACCGAAAUGAAUCCGAAGCAGUCGCUGACAGAUGUUUUUAUUUUAAGAUUUUAGGAUGCGUCUAAUUUUUUUUUUUUGUUUAAUAGGCUUUAUGUAGGUUUUAUCUAGCCCUGUUCACUGGAAAAUAUUGUUACCAAAGGUUUUUUGUUUUGUCUUUUUCUUAAGAGAAAAUGUAAUAUUUUCAAUAAUUCAUGAGAGCAAUUAUUUUUUUAAAGAGCAAAACUAUUAUUUAAAUAAAUAAAUAAAUAAAUAAAU